UGCCUGUGUAAUUGGAGGGAAACCCCGUGGACUGCAUUCAGACGGACGGGCUGAGAGAAUCAGCUGUAACUCGGUACGCCGACAUCACUGCUAUCUGCCGUUACUCAGUGAGCAGUCAUGAGCGAGGCACCCCAGAAGGAACUGGUCCAAAAGGCCAGAUUGGCCGAGCAGGCUGAGCGUUACGACGACAUGGCUGCUGCAAUGAAGGCUGUGACGGAGGAUAGUGAGCAGCUAUCCAACGAGGAGCGUAACCUGCUGUCAGUGGCCUACAAGAAUGUGGUGGGUGCCCGUCGCUCCUCGUGGCGCGUGGUAUCCAGCAUUGAGCAGAAGGCUGAGGGCAGUGACAGGAAGCAGACAAUGGCCAAAGAAUACCGGGAAAAGAUUGAGAAAGAGCUGAAAGACAUCUGCAACGACGUGCUGGGUCUCUUGGACACUUAUCUCAUUCCCAAAGCCACUGUACCAGAGAGCAAAGUCUUCUAUUUGAAAAUGAAAGGAGAUUACUUCCGCUACUUGGCUGAGGUGGCUACAGGAGACGAUAAGAAAAACAUCAUUAAAGACUCGCAGAACGCCUACCAAAGCGCCUUUGAUAUCAGCAAAGAAGAAAUGCAGCCCACACACCCAAUCCGUCUUGGUCUUGCCCUCAAUUUCUCCGUUUUCUUCUAUGAGAUCCUGAACUCACCUGAUCAGGCCUGCCAGCUGGCCAAACGCGCUUUUGAUGAUGCCAUCGCAGAGCUCGACACACUGAGUGAAGAUUCCUACAAAGACAGUACACUUAUCAUGCAGCUACUGCGAGACAACUUGACACUGUGGACCUCUGACAACCAGGGCGACGGAGAGGAUGUAGAGGAGCCCAGAGAUUGAGCUAGACCCCCUUAGUCAUUCCUGUCUGCCUGCCAUCGUCCCGGCUCAUCUUCAUCAUGAUCAUAAACACUGAGACCACCUCAUUAUCAUCAUUGUCGUCCAGCUCUCUCCAUCUUUUUUUUUUUAUUUAGUUCUCUCAACACUCAUCUCACUCCUAUCGGUUUACUAUUUCUUCUUUUGUAGUAACUGUGGGGAAAGGGGAUGGGGAGGGAGGGUAAGCUUGGGAUUGCGUGGCGGGAAGGUCUGUUUGGAAGGGUGGGAUAGGGUCAACGUGGAAGGGUAAAGUGUGUUUGGGUUUGGUUGCCUGUCUGCUGACCUUUUUUGUCUAUGGGAGAAAUAGGGGUGUUAUUAUUAAGGUGGUGGGUGAGAGGGCAAGUUCUCAACUCAUGAAAAACGCAGCUGGUUGAAUUUUUAGAGUCAGAAAACAGUUGUACUGUAUGUGUAUCCCAUUCAUGUUAAAAGUCCUGUUAUUGAUUAACAAUCUUUUGAUGAUACAUCUGGUUUGACAAAGUCAGGAGUUAGCUCCUCACAUGUGAGGAGACAGCAGCUGUUAGUCUGUACUUGGCUAGAUGAAUGACAGCAAAGGUAAAGUGGGGGAGGCGAUGGGGAGUGCUGGAGACAGAAGGCAAGGUUUUGUUGGAACAUAAAGGUUACAUUCCAUUUACUGUCAGUUGCUCAACUUUCUACUCAUUUUUUUCUGUUUCUUUAUUUUUCGGGUGACCUGCAUUUGUAUUUCUAUGUAUUAAUUACGAGGUAUAGAAAACUUUGAAGAACAAAAGAGCACACAAGGUUGUUGCUCUUUUGUAUGAGCACAGCAGUGAAAAAAAAAAAUCCCACAUGCUUAUCUAGUUACUGCUUUUUCAAAUUAAUAUUUUUAUUUGUUUUGUCUUUUAUUCUCCUUUUUCUUUCAAUACUUGCCUAAACUGCAUGUUGGUAAGAAGUAGUUUGUGGAGAUGUAAGGAAGGUUGUUGUCGGGCUGGCUAGCUUUGUUCAUGUCUUUGGAAUUUUCAUACUGAACACCCAAGCAUAACUGUUAUUUGGGGGGAAAUGUGUAAUUUCAUGUAAGUGGAAUAAAAAAGAUAAUUUAAAAGUU